CUUGAUGCAGUUAGCUGCUAGCAGAUUCACAAACCGUGAAAGUGGCGGAGGCGGACAUUGUUGUGCUGACCGUCCGGCCCGAAGAUGAGCAGAAACCGUGACAUUAAGCUGAAGAAAAGGGACUAUUUUUAAAAUUCGCUUCUUUUUCACACGCUUCGUAAUGAACCGUUUGUGAGAAUCUCCUGCUUUCUUCCCCCGCCGUCGGCAGCCACCGAACCGGGGAAGAACCGAAUCCAUUCAGCCGAGGCGAGCGGAGGACAAUCUGAUCAGACGAUGGCAGCGGUGGUGAAAACACAACAUCUGUGGGCUGUGAACCAUCGGAGCCCAAUGGAUUAAAAACAAACAAACAAACAAACACAGUGGAUCGAAGUAGGUUUCGCAUUUGCAAACUGCUACCUUCAGAACACCAUCAAAAAACGAGCACAGUUGCGUUCGUGUUCCUGUGGAGGCCUGUUGGAAGAAGCUGCUUACAGGUUGAUUUUGUUUUGGUUUGUAAUGCACUUCACUCAUUGAGCACAAAACAGUCACCGUGCAUCAUAGAGAAUCUUCUAACUGAAGCUUUCUGCCCUUGGCGUGAUGUUUACACCGGAAAGACAACGCUGGAUGAGGGUGUUCAGCUCCUGAAGCACAUUUUCCAUUCUCAGGGAUUAUUACCGCAGAGGGGUGUUGUGAAAUCACAGACAAGAUGAGCAGUGAAAGUGAGCUCCUGAGCAGGGAGCUGUCAAAGAUGUCCGAUGAGGAUCUCUUGGCGUGCUCCAAAGAGGAGCUCCUGAGUCGUCUGCGCAAGGAGGAGUCCGAGAAGAUCUCAGCCCUCAUCCAACGUGGGAGGCUCAUCAAGGAGGUGAACAAACAGCUGCAGGGCCACCUCCUGGAAAUCAGGGAGCUCAAAGUCAUCAACCAGCGGCUGCAGGAGGAGAACAUGGAGCUGAGGGACCUGUGCUGCUUCCUGGACGACGACCGGCUCAAAGUGAAGAAGCUGGCGCGGGAGUGGCAGCUCUUCGGCCACCAUGCCGCCAAAGUCAUGCGGGAGGACCUGGGGGGCUACUUGAAGAAGCUGGCCGAGCUGGAGCGUAUGCAAGACGGCCUGGUGAAGGAGAAUCUAGACCUGAAGGAGCUGUGCCUGGUCCUGGAGGAGGAGUGCGUCAGCAGGAGCGACUCCAGCCCCGGCGGGUCCACGGAGCUCACCUUGCCCUGCAUGGUGGCCCGGGAUCUGGGGGACGGGAGUUCGAGCACAGGCAGCGUGGGGAGUCCGGACCAGCUCCACUUGGUGUGCUCCCCUGAUGACUGAUGCAGCUUUGUGCGGGGAAAGGGCUUAAACGUGGAUGCUGAGGGCUAGACGAGCGGCGAUGCGGCGUGCAUCGCCAGCUUCGUCGGGCAUUUCCAUUGAAGCCUUCGAAUGCUGCCGGACUUGCCGUGUGCCGUUUCCGCUCACAUUUCAUAGACUUGAUAACGCAAGGUCAAUUUUACAGUUUUUUCUAAUGACUUCUCUUUUUCGAGGGGCGAAAUUCUCCUUUUUCGGUUGUUUGUUGUUUAAAAAAAAGGGACCAAUACACUGGACUAGCCUACACUGGUAGAAAAAACCCAGCAGGCCCACGACGUUGAAACAACGUUGAUAAAUGGUUGAAUUGGCUCAUGACGUUGAGCGACACACGCACAACGUUGGAAGUGAUGUUCAGUCACUGUCGGGUUCUCACGUUGAUUUGAUUGUCGGAUUUUGGUCACUUCGCAACCUUGAAUCUUGAAAUUCAAACCCUUUUUUUUGACAAAACGGAAUUAAUAAUAAAACUAGUCAAACAAAAUAGUCUAUCUGUACGACUACAGGUAUUUUGCAACGUUGCAGUAGAACAUUGCUGAAACGUUACAGCUAUUUUGCGACGUUGUUUCCCCUUGAAACGUUGAACGCCAUGAGUGUUUAUUUGACGUUGCAUCGAUGUUGCGCGCCUGCUGGGAUGAAGCCUUGUUGUCUGUUGCACUGGACAGCGCUAUCACUGGUCUUCUAAUCAAAGAUCAAUUUCAAUCCAGUUCUGAGCCAUAUUUAGCCUGUGGAAUCCCAGGCACUGAAAUAAGGUGACAGAAGAGCGCGGUUGAUAGCAGCAUUUGCAAGGUUCCCGACAAUGUGUGAUAUUCCGACGCACUCUGCGCGUCAGCGCAGGAUGUGGCUGCCGUGGUGCAUGCAUGAUGCUUGUUUUUCCCAGCGCUCUAACGUGGCGGCCCUUCAGGUACGAGCCAGAGCCAAGACCAGGCCGGCGCACGAUGAUAGAUGUUUUUGGACCUCACUCGGACCUGAUAGUUUGACGCUUUUUAAAACGGAACAUCCAACUGGAAAGUCUUUGUAUCAGACCGGAAGGUUUCUGUUUCGGUUCUACUGCAUUUUUCAUUUCUUGCUGUUGCUAGUCACUUUUGGGGUGCGUUCACACUUGCCAAGUUUGGUGGUGUUAAAACUGGGGGUGCACCAUAAUUACGUCAGGGAAUGAUGACCUCAUACCGAUAAAUCCGAUCACGUUAAAAAUAGCUCCGAUAACCGAUGAUAUAAAAAAAAAUUACAGCUGUUUUUACAUUUUUGGUGUUUUGUCUGGUAAACAUUGUUUUUCCUAACAAUACGACAGGUUUAUUCUUCGUAUGAUUUUUUUUUUUUUUAUUUCUUGCAAGUUUUCUUUUAGUAAUUUAUGACUUUAUUCCCAUAAUAUUUGGACUUUAUUAACUUUUUCCACAACCUAAUUUUCACCUAAUGACAACUUUACUUGUUGUUUAGUUUCUCCCAAUAUUACGAAUUAAAAAAACAAAAAUGUUCUUCAAUAUUUCAACUUUAUGCUACUAAAAUAUUAUUUUUCCUUUGAAUAUUACGUUAUUCUUGUAAAAUGAGGACUUUUCCCUUGUGAGACUGUAACUUUAUUUUGGUAAUAUUGUAACUUUAUUCUGGUAAAGUUACUUCUGGUUUUUGCAUUUCUGUUUUUUUUCCCAACUAUUUCAAAUUAUUUCUUUUAAGUUUUCUUCUCGACUUUUUUUUACAUAUUUGACUUUAUUAACUUUUCCCGCAACCUGAUUUUCCAAAAAUGUAGUUUGUCAUAAUAUUAGGAAUAAAAAAAAAUAAUCUUUUUUUUUUUCAAUAUUUCAACUUUAUGCUAUUAAAAUGUUAUUUUUAAGUUAUUCUUGUAAAAUGACGACAUUUUCUUGUUAGACGACAAUUUUUUUCUCUUAAUAUUUGAGCUUUAUUCAGGUCAAGUUACCGUUUUUUUGCAUUUGUGAUGGGUUUUUUUUUUAAUUAAAUUGUUUAAAUUUCUAUUUCAAAUUUCAUCUUGAAAUUUUCUUCUGGUAAUUUGUGACUUUAUUCCAAUAAUAUUUUGACUUGAACUUUUUCGACAACCUAUUUUUAAAAAAUGACAACUUUUGUUGUUUUGUUUGUUUCUCACAAUAUUACGAAUUUCAAAGCAAACAUCUUUUUUUAUUGAAUAUUUCCACUUUAUGCUACUAAAAUGUUAUUUUUAGCAUUGCAACGUUAUUCUUGUAAAACGAGGACUUUUUCUGCUUAGACGACCACUUUUCUUCUCUUAAUAUUUGAACUUCACUCGUGUAAUAUAACUUCUCCCGCAACCUGAUUUUCCAAAAAUGACAACUUGAUUUGCUGUUUAGUUUGUUUCCCAUGAGAUCAGGACUUUGAAAUGAUAACGUCUUGCUACUAAAAUGAGGUUAUUUUCCCUCCUAACGCUGUGACGUCAUUCUUGUACAAUUAGGACUUUUUCUCAUUGGACUGCCACUUUUUUUCUCGUCAUAUUUUGACUUUAUUCUUGUAAAAUUGCUGCUGAUUUUUGCUUUUCUUAGUAUUCUUCUUGUUAAAUGAUGAGUUUAGAAUGUGCUGCGGGCCGCACUUUGGACACCCCCGUUUUGUAUUCUUCACUGUGCCCAAGUGUGAAGGUCAAGCGCACCAACGCGUGCACCAAGUACCUUUAAAAAAACCCUCAAGUACCGAACCUCAAGUGUGAACGCAGCCUCAGCGGGUGCUCUUUCAGUCUGCUCUGCUCUGUAUGCUUUGUAUUUACCCUGUACCAUGAAGGAUAGUUUGACCUUGGACCCCUCUUGGUUUGUAUGUACGAGCCGGCAUCACCAGCUCGCCCUUUUAGUUGUACCGAGCGGUUCCUUCAGCUGUCUGUGGUGGGCUGUACGCUUGAAAUACAGUACAGUGCGAUGACACGAUUUGCUGCCCCGCCGACCUUUCUUUGCGUGAAACAUUCACAUGACACGUGCUGACGGGAUUGAUUUGCACACAUGUUGUUCUGACCUUCACGUCCCCGCCAGGCCGGGCCGGAUUUAUGCCCCUUUCGUGUCUGUCACGCGGGCCUGACUUUCCAGAUGUUCAUCAGUUUUAUUUUUGGGUCCCGCACUGAAGAGGGUAAUGCUUUUACCCACUUAGUGCUGCGACAGACUUCCUCUGACAGCAUUUUUGACGUGACGCUGCAUCCCACCCCCCACCUCUCAAUCUGUCUCUCGCUAAGCCAGGUUUAGCAAGGGUAUCACUCCUUUUAGUAACGCAGAAGACAAACAAAAUUAGCAGAUGCAUUGCUUGCAUGCUAACAAUAGCAUGAUAACAUUUUUAGCCAUUUUCAUAAGUGUAACCCGCCCUGUUGCACACUGCCCGCACCGGGGAUCGAACACCAGACCUUCGUAAUGGGAGGCGAGAGCGCUGACAACACGGCCAAAAGCCCAGACUGUCGACCACGUAUUCAGCGCAGCUCUCAAGGCAGAGGGAGUGAGGUUUACCAACAUACACUUGCGCAGCCUUACUGGCUGGCAUCCGUUACACUAGCACAGGUGUACAUAACCACUAUUAUGCUAGGUGUUGGCCUAACAUUAGCAUGUUAGCACAUUAACGUUAGCAUACUAACAUUUUUAUCUAUUUUCAAAGGUAGACACAUAAAAAGUUUGUGUUAUGCUAGGUGUUAGCAAGAUAAUGUUAACAUUAGCAGACGAUCCUUCUGACUUUUUGGGUUUCCAGCAGGAGGUGUCACAAAAGGUACCACAUGGAUAACUGGCUCUUCCUAUCAUUGUGAAGCAGAAUUCACCAAGCGUUGGAUUGUUCACCCACUAACAGGGACCGUGAGCUGGGGUUAGACAGUCGUCAGACAGGUUAGUUUUACCCUACUGAUGAUGUGUUGUUGCAAUACUAGCAUAGUAGAUUUUUUGGGCCUUUUUCACAAGUAGACAUAUAAACACUUAGCACUAUUAUGCUAGGUUUUAGCAUUCUGAUGUUAGCAUACCAACAUUAGCAUAGUGGCAUUUGUAGCCAUUUUCAUAAGUACUUAUAUAAACACUUAGCACUAUUAUGCUAGGUUUUAGCAUGCUAAUGUUAGCAUAUUUUUGCCCUUUGUAUAAGUAGAACUCAUGUUAAGUGUUAGCAUGCUAAGGUUAAGGACCUUUGACAACAUGUUUGUGUUUUCGCUUGAACACCGCAAUGAAUUUGACACCGGCACCGCUUGAACAGCUCUUUUAUUGUCUCUGAAACAGCGCAGAUGAAAAUACUAAAAGUAAGGCACUGCCCACCCAAAAAUGUCACCCUUCAGAGAACAUUAUCAAAAAUAUAUUAAGACACUCUAAAAUAAAUAUAGAAUCUCUAUGAAGUCCUACGGCCCAGCCUUAGUGGUCGAUACAAUGUUAAGGCAACGUUAUCAAAUAGUAGAAAUAGUAAAUAGUAAACAAUCAUAGUCAUUCUAGAAAAUGUCAUGUGUGUGACUAAUAUGUUAAACAAGUACAAAGGAGAGCUAUGAAAUACAGUGUGUGUGUGUGGUGUACAAAUGUGGAACCAUGAUAAUGCCACUUGAGAGAAUGCCUUUAUCUUCCCCACCCGCCCCCCCCAAAAAACAUUUUGAAAUGGUGGUUGUUUCCGUGUUGCCUAGCAACACCCGCCCGCCCGCCCGCCCCUGGACGCUCAAUCACAGUGUGAGGAU